AUGACCGCGCCACUCGUCACUCCGCGGAAUCCUGCCAACACUGGCGCAGCGACUGUGACCACCUUCCCCUUCGCCAAAGCCCGUAUGCGCUACAAAGAGGACAGACGCCCGACAAUCCCAGAGCCCCUGAAGGACGAGUUCUUGCUUGACUUGCUGGCGCCGGCGGAGGCGCGUUUUCAAGCCAACCCGGGUGGUGUAACCUAUGCUAACUUGGCCAUGCCGGACGCCGAUGUCCUGACUGCUCUCGGAGCUUGGUUCGAUGACCUAUCAUCAUCCACCAAGCUCCGCAGCCAACCCGGCCAUGUCAGCAGUGCACCGAGCUCAUCGGGCCCAGUCAGCCUCCAGCCAGAUCACAUCUACCGUUCUCAGUUGUCACCCUGGCGGUUCAAGAUCCGGUCGGCAUUGUUAGUGACACUGAACAAGGAGAUGACAAUUCUAGAGUCAAUCCAGUGUAGCUACCUCUCCGGCCCGCUUGAUCGACUGAUGGUCCAUUCCUUGUGGCUUGGCUCUCACCAGUUCUUCAUCCUCGCCUUACCCCUGAUCUUCUGGCUUGGCAACCACCACUUCAAACGCUCCCCAGUAUAUAUCCUUGGCAUGUCCGUCUACUUCACUGGGAUCCUCAAGGAUCUGUUCUGUAUUCCUUGCCCCUAUUUGCUCCCGAUCCAAAGACUCGCUAUCAGCAAUUGCGCCUCCAAAUACGGGUUCCCGUUCAGUCAUUCUGCCAUUUCUGCAUCCACGUUUCUCAUGGGACUCCAAUACGCCCUUCAUGUCCAAUCGAUCGUCCAGAAGUUGACGCUCUUUCUUGGCCUGAUCCUCUAUGGAUUCUUGUUGGUCUUUGGGAGAGUAUACUGCAGGAUGCAUUUGAUCCAGGAUGUGGCCUGCGGCUGGACGAUAGGUGUUUUUGCAUGGACGAUCCAUCAAGUCUUUGGUGAAGUUGUUGAACGAUGGGCAACAAGCACGCAAGCAUCAGUCCCCCUCGUUUUGAUUGUCUGCGGUCUGAUCCUCACGGCUGCCCAUCCACAACCGGUAGACGAUUGUCCCUGUUUUGAGGACAGCACGGCCUUUGUUGCUGUCUCGGUGGGAGUGAUGAACUUCGCAAUGCUUGUGACACUCUAUCUCCCCAAGCUUGACAACAACGACUUCUCCUUGUGCCAACGAAUCCAAAUAUCUUUGAACAAUCACCCCAUCGCAAUCUUUGAUCUGGCCGACGACUUGUAUCAUGAUUGGACAAGUUAG